AUGACGCCGUUUGAGCUGAUGUUUGGUAGACGUGCUGAAUUACCGACAGCCGUCAAACAACCCCCACGUUUGACAUACUGCUAUGAUGAUUUUGCACAAGAGCUUCGGGAAAGAUUACGAGCAGCACACCAGGAAGCGAAGGAGAAACUCGACGCAGGCAAAGAAAAAUCGAAAAUUCAGUAUAACAAAGAUGCUGACGAAGUGGAAUUCUGCAUUGGAGACAAAGUACUGCUGAAAAAUGAUGUUUUGCGACGGGGACGAUCGAAGAAAUUAUCUCAACCAUGGAUUGGACCUUACGAAGUGGUCGAGAAAAAUUCCGAAGUGAACUAUACCAUCAGAUAUG